UUAAAUAUAUUCGCAGUAAUGUUUGGUACAGAUAUGGCUUCACAGUCCCAAUCUCAGCCAUCAGCGCCGUCGUUAUUGCCGCCAUCGACGACGUCGACUCUGGAUGCUCCACUAGGUGCGCUCGGGUUCGAGCUUGAAGAGAUAAGCCCCAACAAGGUCUCUGGUCGCCUCCAUGUCACCGAAAACUGCGUCCAGCCAUUCAAGGUGCUACAUGGAGGGAUAUCAGCGCUCAUCUCUGAGGCCCUGGCCAGCAUGGGAGCUCGCCUGGCCUCUGGUUUCCAAAGGGUGGCCGGGAUUCACCUCAGCAUCAGCCAUUUGAAGCCCGCCAAGCUCGACGACCAUAUCUUUGCUGAAGCCUGCCCGGUCAAUGUCGGCAGGACCAUUCAGGUUUGGGAUGUGAAACUAUGGAAGAUUGAUCCUUCGAACUCAGACAUCAAAUCCAUCGUAUCAUCAUCAAGAGUUACUCUUUUAAGCAACAUGCCUGUGCCGGAGCACGCGAAAGGCGCCGGUGAAACGCUCAAGAAGUAUGCCAAAUUAUAAACUUUGUUGUAUAACCCACCCCACACCCCCCAACACCCCCCCCCCUCCAUAUAUGCUUGUGAUUUUCCAGGAAACUAUACUACCCAAGCCUAUUAUUGAUUGAUUUAAGCUUAAUAUUUAUUUACAAUUCCCAGAAAACCCGAUUAUCUAAAGGCUUCUCUCUUAGGAAGUUCUCAUUAUUUUCAAUGGUGAAUUACUGCAACAUAACUCAUUCCAUUCAAUGAUUAAUUAUUGCAAUAUAACUCAUUCCGUUCAA